AUGUCAAUGAAGAAGAUUAUUUUGAAAAGUUCAGAUGGUAAAAUCUUUGAAAUUGAAGAAGGAGUAGCUCUCCAGUCGCAGGUGAUAGCUCACAUGAUGGAAGACAAUUGCGUGGAAAACAGAAUCCCUCUCACCAACAUCACCAGUGAUAUCUUAUCCAAGGUGAUCAAGUACUGCAAGAAACAUGUCGUCAUUGUCUCCAAUGGUGAUGGUGGUUCGACUGAAGCGGAGCUCAAGGAGUGGGAUGCUAAGUUUGUGAAUGAUAUCGAUCAGUCGACGCUCUUUCAUCUUAUUAUGGCUGCCGAUUUUCUAAACAUCAAAACUCUUUUAAAUCUUACUUUUCAGACAGUCGCUGAUAUGAUAUCUGGUAAAACUUCAGAAGAGAUUCGCGCAUUUUUAAACAUUGAAAACGACUUCACACCCGAAGAAGAAGCAAAUAUGCGCCAAGAAAACUCAUGGACUUUUAAUUGA